UUAUAGUAGAACCCGAUGCCGGGCGCACCAGCUCAUGAGUGGGGUUGCACUUGCGCCUCGUUUCCGCCUAUAAAUACCACCCCUCUGCGAAGCCUUGAGAAGAAAUCUCUACCACUCCCGCUGCACUGCACUGCACACCCGCCUUCUUCCUCCCUCCUCUCCUUCUGGUUGCUUGACAGCGCGGCCACCAUGAAAACCCCUCACUUUACCGGGGAAGUUGCCGGCGCCUCUUGGGCUCACGAGGUCAAGCAGGCCCUCCGUGACAAGCUCCGAUGGUCCGCCACCGGCACCGCGGGCGUCGCUGGCGCCGCGAGGCCGGCAGUCUCAGUGCCCGUCGCGGCGACGGCCCAACCGAGCCUCGGUGAAGACGGCCGGGGCUCGGCCGCCACGACCACGACCGAGGACCCCAUCAGGAGGGUCAUGUUCUUGGCCCCCUAGGGUCACACAUAAAAAGGGGAAAGUAACAUCAGAGCGUAUGCACGCUUUUGGUUGGUUCUGCAAUUACACCUGAACACAAACAAAUAUGGAGUGCGUAUAUUUGGUCAUAAGGACCAUGACCAUGAACUCAUCAGUCAAGGACCUAAUCAAGAACUAGAUCGAGUUGGGUAUGAUCUGAAAAGUUCACGCUUAUGAUCUUGACAACUUCAUGCCCUCUUGGCCGGCCAGAUGGAGAGAUCUUGACAAGUUCAUGCGCAUCGGUGCUGGGUUGAAGCGCCAGAGCUGCAGCUUUGUAGCCAUGAACCUGUUUUUUGUUCUCUCCAGAAAGUUUGUACCAAGAGCCUGUGAAAAGCUAUAUAUGAGCUAGCCUUAUGUACCAACAAUUAAGCCUGUGAAAACUAUGAGCAUGUAAAGCUCUCCCUUCUCUGAAGAGUUGAUUUUGUUCA